AGUAAUGAUACGCUGCCGCCUUUUAAAAUUCUGAACACAGCUCAAAAGUUUCUGUACUGUUUUUGCAGACUUCCUGUCAGAGCCGUCUUAACAGUAUUAUAGGCCCCGGGCAAAGCAAUGCACUGUGACCUCUACCUACACAACCAUAGUAUACAUAGAUUAGCAUUGCGCUUCUUGACACAUGAUGCUGCCAAAUAACUGAUAGCUUUGGUGGAAAGUUGAUAGCUUUGACAGCAUCCAGCCACCCACCCAUUUUCUCCACCCACUAUUCCUGUGAGGGUAGAAACCUUAUGCACCUCUUCCGUCGGGUCCUAUCAGAUGCAACUGUCAUUAAACUUUCCAGUUGGAUUUCCAAGCGCGACCAACUGAGACUAUGGAUGUUAUCCAACCGUCUCGUUCUUGGUCUGUCCCUAGGUCUCGCACUAUUUGGAUCUGCUUGAAGAAUCUGUCUUGCAACAUUCUAAUCAUACGUUCUUAGUACCGGAGCUGUGGCCUCUCAAUGCGGAGAAAUAGCGACACCAUCUGGAGAGACUCAUUGACUGCCAAACUUCGUACCUUGUUGAAUAACGUUUCUCAGAGAUUAUUUAGAGGAAUCCCAUUUCUGCCACCUGUAUUCGCGAUCGUACUCUUUCAGUCAUUACCAAACAUUUAUAACCGUAGGUGAGGUUAGCUACGAAAACCAAAUCGAAGAUAGCGAGUUGGUUUAAAAAAAUUUUUUUUUUAUCAAUCUCUCUCCUUCUAUUGAUUGAAUUCUGAAGCUGGUGCGUUAUUGUGCUAGCACCUGCAUCUAAUUCAAUAUCCUGCUUCCAAUCACUCGUGAACACGGUUCUAUAAUACUUAAAUCUCUUCACUUAAGCAAUUGCUUCAGUGAUCUAUUAAUAUGCAGAGCGUACUGGGGAGACUUUCUUAGGACCAAUGUCUCGAUCUUUGCAUUACUAAUUCUCAUUCUUGUUUUACAGAACUCAGCAGCAGGUCCAACAGAAAUACCAGUUUGGUGCCUGGAGUGAGUAAGACCUCGAAAAGCUGCAAUAUGAAAAGGGUUCGAAAGAAUAACCAUACAGCAUCGUCCGACGCACAGAUUAGCGAGGGUUGAAUUCGGACCUUAGCUACAGAGGUCAGUUCGAAAAAUGUAUUGCAGUCUUCUCCCAAUGCCAGUACAACCAACAAUAAGUCCGCAACUUAUUCUGGGAGGCGUGGAGUGGGAACACAAAGAAUGCGUGUCCCAGCCCCACAAAGUGAGUUCAGGAAGGAACAACUGUUAGUGAUUGAGAUUUGGAAUGUCACAACUCUUACGGGUAAAGAACGGGAACUAAUGCAGAAAGCCAAACGCUACUGGUUAGAUAUAGUCAGUGUCUCCUCUAAAAGGUUCAGCGGUUUCAAGUACCGCAGAUUUUGAUGGAGGUUGCGAACUCCACUAUGCAGGUGUGGUACCAACUAUGUCUGCAUAGCUAAGCACAAGCACUCGGCUGUCGGAUUGUGUUAUGGAGUGGAUUUCAACUUAAGUUGAAAGAAGGCCCGCUGUGGUUGUUGCAGAUAUAUACACCAAAAUACAAAUCCUUCCUUGACGAAGUUACUGCAGUUUUAGAUGUAGUUAAGACCUAGCCAUUUGUCCUACAAGGAGAUUUUGAUGCAGACGUUGGCAGUGAUGAUAAAAUUAGUGUUGUCCACGCAGUACCUUGUAGUUAUCUCCCUUAUCUGUCCUCUACUCUGUUUGCUGAAGUUAAAAACACGUCGGACCUUAUUUUAGGAUAUUAUUAACUGAGACCCCAAGGGAACUUCAUUAAAUAAUACUGCAAAAAAAACUACAUAAUCAUCUUAUAUUGUCAGCUGAAUUAAAAUUAAGACUACUUUAUCUGUUCACACGUCUUGAGCUCAUAUAAACCUUCGUUUAUGUUCUCUCUGAACUGCUAAGAGGAAGCUGAAUUGUCAUUUGAAGAUGUAACCUGGAACAAUGGUGAAUUACUGAAGCAGCAACUUUAAGAUGUAGAUUGUUAACGUUCCUUAAACUGAAGUGGACAGGACAUCAUCUCUCAGGACUAACUGGUAUCAAUGUACAGUUAUUUUAUGUGAGCUGACCAACACAGUUUCAACUAGAAUAUCAUCACCCACCCUAUAAAAAUGGAGUAUAACAGUGACAUGUCUAAUGAGGCAUUUACUGAAAACUGUCAGUCUACCAGUCAGGAAGGAAGUCCAUUAGGUAUGAAAACGUUUCGUGACAUAUCUGACGAGUCAUUUCUUGAGAAUAGUCAGUCUGCAAAUCACAAAGACUCUCCGUCAAGUGAGAAAUCAUCUGAUAGUGAAAUGUCUGAUAUGACUUUGCCCGAGAAGAAUAAGUCUAGCAACUACAAGCAAGCUGGGUCAGAUGAAAAAACAUCCGACAGCGAUACGUUAGAGAAGGCGUAUCCAGAGAAGAGUGGCUUGGGAAGUCAGAAAGACUCCACUCAGUCUGAUGAAGAGGAAAGUUUUAAUAGCGAAAUAUCUGGGAAGGCAUUUCCAGGGGACAGCAAUUUAAUGGCAAACAACAAACAAACUGAGUUGGAUAAAGAGACAUCUGAAAGGGAUUUGUCUCAAGAGCCAUUCCCUGAGAACAGCCUGCUGACCAAUAACAAAGAGAUUCUCAUAUCUGGGAAGACAUUUGAUGCAGAUUUUGUUGCUAAGACACUUCUUGAGAGCAGUAAAUUAACCACCUUCAAGAAACAGAUGCCCUUGACAGAGAAAGCAUUCUACUGUGAAUUUUGUGGCAAAUCUUUUUCUCAGAAUUGUAAGUUGACUCGGCACAAGCGUAUUCAUACUGGAGAGAAACCAUUUCAUUGCGAAUUCUGUGGUAAAGCAUUUUCACGGAAUUGCCAUUUGUCUGACCACAGAAGAGCACACACUGGAGAAAAGCCGCACUUAUGUGAGGUUUGUGGUAAAGCAUUUUUACGACCAUGUGAUUUAUCCCUUCAUGUACGUACUCAUACUGGAGAAAAACCCUACGAAUGUGAUAUUUGUGGGAAAAAAUUCUCAUUUAAGAGUACUUUCCAAUGUCACAAGCUAACUCAUGCAAAAGUGAAGCCAUUUUGUGACAUUUGCGGCAAAAUAUUCUCUCUAAAACGUAAUUUAAUGCGUCAUAGAUAUAUCCACUUCAGGGAAGGAACGUUUGAAUGUGAUAUAUGUAAUAAGAUUUUCUCUGAUGAAGCCUCGUUACUUCAACACAAAGUGAUUCAUGAUGAUGGCAAAGACCUAACUCUCGGUGUGUUUGAUAAAUCAUUUUCUAAAGACUGUGAUGAUGUUCCUCUCAAAGAAGAUAUUUCUACUGAGAAGUCAUCAUUCCAUUGCAAAGCAUGUGGCAAGGAUUUCUCUGAAAAGAAUGCUUUUAUAGAACACAAAGAUAGCCAAUGUAACGAGAAGCUCUUCAGCUGUGACAUAUGUGCCAGGUCAUUUGAUUGUAGUAGUAAAUUAGAGGCUCACAAGGAAAAACACACAGGAAACCGGCCCUUCCAUUGUGAGAUCUGUAACAGGGCUUUCUCUGACAUAACUUAUUUACAACGCCAUAAAAUUAAUCACGCCGAAAAGAAGCCAUUUCCAUGUGAAAUCUGCGGUCGAUCUUUCUCUCAGAGUCACGUCCUUGUUUCUCACAGACGUACUCACACUGGUGAGAAACCAUACCAGUGUGAAGUUUGUGGUAAAAACUUCUCUCGGAAAGACUAUCUGUCCUGCCAUCGACGGGUACACACUGGUGAGAAGCCAUAUGUGUGUGAAAUUUGUGGUAAAGCUUUCACCCGUAAUGAUUAUUUAUCAAUUCACCGACGUUCUCAUGCCGAGGAGAAAGCUUUCCCUUGUGAAAUUUGUGGUGUUGAGUUCUUUCAAUAUAACCAAUUGGUUGAACACAGACAGCUUCACAUUGAAGCAAAUGCUGAACAAUUUCAGUUGGACACCAAUGAAGCGGUCCCUGAAGCUGAUAAUUUACCUCCGACACAUUCCGAGAACCGCGUCAUCGAACCCAUAAAAUUUGAUAUUGAUUACAACAUAUUUUUCUAGAGUCGAUUCUUCUAUCACCUUACCAAGAAAAUAGGAUAAUGAUGUUGCCCUCUAGAGAGCAUCAUUCUAAAAAUAACAUUCUAGGAGUUCCAAUUUCAACUAAUUCUCCUCAGCUCCUGAAUAAUUGACUUGGGGACACAUUUAUGAAUCAACACAGCUGGUUUAAAUUAAACCAUUCUUUCUCUACUUUACCCAACAUCCUUGAAGAACUAUGUUAAAUGAUAUCAGAUAUUAACAUGUAAGAAGAACAAAGGAUGACAAGAUUUUAAAGUGUUUCCAUGGCAAACAUUGAGGAAAAAUUUUUCUACCUACCUGGAGAGGUAAUAGUAUCAUCUACCUACUCAUAGUUGUGCCAUUGUCUACCCAGAUCUGAAGCAAUAUCCAUUAUAUUUACUGUUUAUAAGAAAAUCCUUCAAAAAUAAGUAACAUUUCUGGUGUGAAACCUCAUUGCAAAGAAUAUCUUUGUCGUGGAUCAGUUGGUAAGGCAUCUACCUCGCAAACAGUCAGGGUACUUUCUACCCCCCCUAACUGACAAUAAUAUCAACAUCAUAACACUAACCACUAACUAUGAACCACGUACUCAUGUUUGAGGGUUCCAAACUUCAUAGUUCUGAUCAGUAUUCAGGCUUAUAGGCAAAGAACAUUAUGAUGAUAUCGGAUUUGGGUAAGGUAGAGGUGUGGCAUGGAUAAACAAAAGUACAUCCUUGAGGCAGAGAAGUUGAGUUGCUUGGGAAACAUCUCAUCGAGUUUAGCUACAGUCACAUGACCUUCGGCAAUCCUUUUUCCACCCCUCUUUUUUGAACUUCUGAAAAAGAAAAAAAAAAAAACUUUUCACCUUGCAACCUUUCUUACUGAACAUUUGUAUGCUUGUUGUUCAAAAUAAUAAUAAUAAUAAUAAUUAUAAUAACAACGACAACAAUAAUCCAAUAAUCACAUAUAUAUAUGUAUGUAUAUAUAUAUAUAUAUAAUGUAUGUAUACAUAUAUGUAUGUAUAGUAAACUAUAGUAGUAGUAGUAAUAGUAUUAAUAAUAAUAAUAAUAAUUAUAGAAAGACUGAUCAAAAUUUUAAAUGUAUCGAAUCUGGAAA